AUGGGGCGUCUCCAAGAGUACCAGGUUAUCGGGCGUCACCUGCCCACCGAGGCCAACCCCACGCCCAAGCUGUACCGCAUGCGCAUCUUUGCGCCCAACACCGUUGUCGCUAAGUCGCGGUUCUGGUACUUCCUGACCCAGCUCCGCAAGGUCAAGAAGGCCAACGGUGAGAUCGUCAGCCUCAACGUGAUCAGCGAGAAGCGCCCCCUCAAGGUCAAGAACUUCGGUAUCUGGCUCCGCUACGACUCGCGCUCCGGUACCCACAACAUGUACAAGGAGUUCCGUGAGAUGAGCCGCACCGAGGCUGUUGAGGCUCUCUACCAGGACAUGGCUGCCCGCCACCGUGCCCGUUUCGGUUCCAUCCACAUCCUCAAGGUUGUUGAGAUCGAGAACGCCGACACCAUCCGCCGCCCUUACAUCAAGCAGCUCCUCACCAAGGACCUCAAGUUCCCCCUGCCCCACCGCUCCGUCAAGCCUGGCAAGAAGCUGUACGCUUACUCUCGCCCCUCUACCUUCGCGUAA